AUGGGAGAGGAGAGAGGACAGCAAGAGCAGCAGCAAGAGGGGCAGCAGCAAGAAGGUCAACAGGGGCGACAGCAGGAGGGUCAACGGGGCCAGGCUACUAGGGGAGAGGAGAGGGGACAGCAGCGGCAGCAGCAGCAGCAGCAGCAACAGCAACAACAUGGCCAGCAAUGGCAGGAGGGGCAGGUUAGUGGGGGAGAGGAGAGAGGACAGCACAGCCAGCAACAGGAGGUUCAGCAGGGGCAGGAGAGGCUGGUGAGUGGGGAAGAGGAGAGGGGACAACAGGGGCAGCAGCGGGAUGGCCAGCAAGGGCAGGUCGGGCUCCGGGUCCAGGGGGCGACCCAGCCCUUGGGUGCGAGCUGGUUCGGGGAGAGAGGGAGAGAGGAGGUGGCGGGGAACAUGACUGCAGGAGCGCAGGGGUUAGGAGGGAAGGGUAUGGAAGGGGGGGAUAGGGCGAGGGUGCUGGGGGGUUUGGGGUUGGGGAGAGGGGAUGGGAGGAGGCAGGUGGGUGGGGGAGAGGAUAGAGAGGCAGAGACGACAAAGGAGGAGGCACAGAGGGACCAGGCACAGCAGCAGCCAGUACAACAGCAAAGGCAGGCUAGACGCACAGGCCGCAUAGGGGCACCAGCCCGCAUUCCAGAUCUGACUUGCCGCGAUAUAGAAAAAACUUUGAUGGUGUUGGUAGACGUCCCCAUUGCAGAUCCACAGCAACAGGGGAAUACCGGGCUUAGACGAGUGGCCCCAGUGCAGAUAGGUGUUGCAGCAGCCAGACGAGUGCAGGACAAGUUGCGGGAUUGGGCACCGCAUCUAGAGGGAUUACAACCGCCGCCACACUUUUAUGCUUGUGUAGUGGAGACGUUUGGGUUGCUCAGCGAGCCAAUGAGGCAGUGUUUCCUCCUUUUAGUUUCUUCCUCUCUUCUUUUCCUCUUUCCACCUUUCCUUCGACCCUUCUCUUCUUCUCAAGCUCUUCUCUCCUUAUCACCCUUUCUUUGUUCCACCAUCUCUACCGUACUCUAA